AGAGAGGCGCGCAGGCGCAGUGGCGGUAGGCCAUAGUGGCGCACUUGUACUGAGGGGGUGUUGUUAGUGCUGGAGGGUUAUUCCCGUUGUCGUCGUCGUCUGCGCUGUAUGGAGAGUGGAGAAUGGCUCCUUUCCCGGAUGAGGUGGAUGUGUUCACCGGGCCGCACUGGCGGAUGAAGCAGCUGGUGGGACGGUACUGCGAUAAGCUCUCCAAGACCAACUUCUCUAACAACAAUGACUUCCGGGCUCUGCUGCAGUCGCUGUACGAGACCUUCAAGGAGUUCAAAAUGCACGAGCAGAUUGAGAACGAGUGCAUCAUCGGCCUGUUACAGCAACGCAGCCAGACCGUGUACAACGUGCACUCCGACAAUAAGCUCUCCGAGAUGCUCGUCCUCUUUGAAAAGGGGCUGAAAAACGUGAAGGAUGAAUACGAGCAGCUGAAUUAUGCGCAGCAGCUGAAGGAGAGGUUGGAGGCUUUCACCAGCGACUUCAUUCCUCACAUGAAGGAGGAGGAGGAGGUUUUUCAGCCCAUGUUGAUGGAAUACUUCACUUAUGAUGAGCUCAAGGACAUUAAAAAGAUGGUGAUCGCCCAGCACUGCUCCCAGAAAGACCCCACAGAACUUCUCCGAGGGCUUAGUCUCUGGACUGAGGCUGAAGAGCUCAAGGUGCUCAAGUAUUCUGUGGAUGAAAAGUCAGAGGAGGAGGCAGCUGCUCAGCCGAGCACAACAUCCAUUUGUCAUCUUCCUCCGGAGGUAAUGCUGAAAAUUUUUAGUUACCUUAAUCCGCAGGAGCUGUGUUGCUGUAGUCAAGUGAACAGUAAAUGGGCCCAGCUGGCCAAGGCUGGAUCUCUCUGGAGACAUCUGUAUCCCGUGCUGUGGGCCAGAGGGAACUGGUACAACGGUGCAGCUUCUCACCUUGACACUGAGCCAAAUGAGGACUGGAUCGCCAGUAGAAAGGAUGAGAGUCGUGCAUACCAGGAGUGGGAUGAAGAUGCAGACAUCGAUGAGUCUGAGGAACCUGAAGAUGAUGAGGGUUAUUCUUCUUCUGUAAUUGUGGCACAGCAAGAAAAGGAGUUACUGCAUGGUUUAAUCCAAUAUAUUCUCCCCCAUGUUGGUCAGUCGGUGAAAACGCUUGUCCUUGCGUACAGUUCAGCAGCUAGCAGUAAGAUGAUUCGUCAGAUGCUUGAGUUUUGCCCCAAUUUGGAACACCUGGAUCUUACACAGACAGAUAUUUCAGACUCUGCAUUUGAUGGGUGGUAUUUUGGCAGCUGUCAGAACCUUCAUCACAUUGACUUGUCAGGAUGUGAUAAGAUCAGCGACAUAACGCUGGAAAGGCUGAGUCUUGCACUUGGCCUGCUACCCUCUUACAGGAAACAUUUAUUGAAAUGUUCCCGAAACAACAAAAAUGCUCACUCCGCCUGGGGGAGAAAAGAAAUGAACAACAGAAUGAGGGCUAACACCAUGCAGAGCAUCGGUGGCCAGUGUGGACUUCUUUCUGAAGACUUAUGGACUCGAUCUAACCCUUGUGAUGGCUAUCCGUCGUCACCUUUCUGGAUUUUCCAUUCGGAGAGGCUGGGUGACAUUGAAGAUGCUGCCGACUGGAAGUAUAGAAAUACUGAUGGACUUUGUGUAUUGGAGAUGUCCUCCAAUAUGAAUUGUUUCACUAAUGGGUGUUGCAGGAAGCCAAUGCCUGGCACAAGGACUAAUUGUAGCUGGCAGCAGCGGUAUCAGGCCGAUGAUUAUUCCUAUUGUGGUCAUUCGUUCUGUUCUGCUGGAGCAAAACUAAGGACUAUACAAGCACUCCCAGAGACCUCUGCGCUGUGCAAAAGUGGCAAAAGGACUCCUCAGUCAGAGGUGAGAGACUCUUUCUCUGGGAGUGCAAAAUUUGAGCCCAGUGCUGCACGUGUGCUACAGUUACUCAGCCUCUCCGGUUGCCAUCAGAUCACCGAUCGUGGUCUCAGGGCAUUGACCUUGGGCGGAGGGUUACCUUACCUAGAACACCUAAAUCUCUCUGGAUGUCUCAAUGUGACUGGAUCUGGUCUACAGGAUCUGGUGUCAGCGUGCCCCUCUCUUAAUGAUGAGCACUUCUACUACUGUGACAACAUCAAUGGUCCUCAUGCUGACACGGCCAGCGGAUGCCAGAAUCUGCAGUGCGGUUUUCGGGCCUGCUGCCGAUCUGGUGAAUGAUCAGUUCUUUUCUGACUUCUCCCAUUCAUCUGAGCAGCCAUUCUUUCAUGCACUUUACCUUUCUAUCACACACUGUGUGGAAAAACAAAAAGAAAAAAAAAAUUCCUGUUUUGAGAUCCUUAUGGAGUUUUUCCUUGAGAAAUUGAGCAGCGUACAUCAUAGUCUUGAGCAAGCUGUCCUGUGUAGUCACAGUUUUCGCUUAAUAAAACUUCAUUGUCUGAAA